CUCCUCCUCCCGGCCGCCCGCCGGGCUUCACCCCGCUCCUCACGGCCGCAGCGCCGGAGUCGUCGUCGUCGUCGGGACGCGGAACCGAGUCGCCGAAGGAGCGAUGGAAGCGCUCCAGGACCUCCGUAAGGCCUCGUCGGACCGCUUGGAGUGCGCCCACUGCAGCUUCAGGGGCACGGACUACGAGAACGUGCAGAUCCACAUGGGCACCAUUCACCCGGAGUACUGUGACGAGAUGGACGCCGGCGGGUUAGGUAAAAUCAUAUUCUAUCAGAAGAGCGCCAAGCUUUUCCACUGCCACAAGUGCUUCUUCACCAGCAAGAUGUACUGUAACGUGUAUUACCACAUCACGUCUCAGCACGCGACGCCGGAGAAGUGGGAUGACCAGAAGACUCAGUGGAACGCCGGGACGGAGUCCCUGAAAGCUUCCCAUUUCCCCGAGACCCCCCCGGCGACUUCCGUUUCCCCGGAGGUACAGAAGCCCUCUCCGGCUGUUCCUGCCGAACCCCCGAAACCCGGCCCGCUUGUUAACCCCGAGCCACCCAGACCCGCCCCCGUCGCCUCUCCGGAGCCUCAGAAACCGCCAGCCGUCGUCGCCCCCGAGCCGCUGAAAUCUGCCCCCGCCGCCCCCGAACCGCAAAAACCGGUCCCCGUCUCUUCUCCGGAGCCCCAGAGACUCAUUGCCCCCAUCAUCUCUCCGGAGCCCCAGAGACUCGCCCCCGUGACUCCCGAGCCCCCGAAGCCUGCCCCGGUGAGCCCCAAACCCCAGAAAGUCCCCCUUUUCCCGGAGCCCCCGAAACCAGCGCCGGCUUCUUCCCCCGAGUCCCCGGGCCCAGUUCCGGCUGUUUCUCCGGACCCUUGGGGUCCGUCCCCGGCCUCGUCCCCCGAGCCCCGGAAACCCGCCCCGGCUGCGUCCCCCGAGCCCCGGAAACCGUCCCCGGCCGGGUCCCCCGAGCCCCGGAGGCCGGCUCCGGCCGUAUCCCCGGGACCCUGGAGGCCCGUGCCCUCCGUCUCACCCCGGCCCUGGAAGGCCGCUCCCUCGGGGCCCCCCGGGUCUUGGAAACCGGCUCCGUCUGCGUCGCCCGGACCUUGGAAGUCCGCUCCGUCCGUGUCCCCCGGGUCCUGGAAGGCUGCCCCGGCUGGGACCUGGAAGUCCGCGUCGUCCACCGCCUCCGGAUCCUGGAAAUCUCCAGCCGUGUCUCCGGAGUCCUGGAAGUCUUCCCCCACGGGCUCUCCGGAGGCCUGGAAACCUGGGCCAUCCGACCUCCGCAAAGGAUCCCCCGCGGUGUCCUCUGAGCUCCGGAAACCGGGCCUCCCGACGUCCCCGGAGCUGCGGAAGCCGGGACCCCCGCUGUCUCCGGAGCUGCGGAAGCCGGGACCCCCGCUGUCUCCGGAGCAGCGGAAGCCGGGGCCCCCGCUGUCUCCGGAGCAGCGGAAGCCGGGGCCCCCGCUGUCUCCGGAGCAGCGGAAGCCGGGGCCCCCGUUGUCCCCGGAGCUCCGGAAGCCGGGCCCCCCGGUGUCCCCCGAGCUCCGGAAGCCGGGCCCCCCCGCGUCCCCCGAGCUCCGGAAGCCGGGCCCCCCCGCGUCCCCCGAGCUCCGAAAGCCGGGCCCCCCGGCGUCUCCGGAGCUCCGAAAACCCAUCCCCGCGGUGUCCCCGGAGCUCCGGAAACCCUCCGCGUCCCCGGAACUCUGGAAGCUUUCUCCUGACCAACGCAAAUCUCCAGGCUCCGGGGAGCCUUGGAAAACCAGCUCCAACGAUUUCCCUGAACCCCCCAGACCCGCUCGCGCCGCUUCCCCCGAGGUCCGGAAGCCUUCCGUCUUCCUUGAGCCCCAGAAACCCGUCGUCUUCCCCGAGCCUCGGAAGCCGUGCGCUGCCCCGGCUUCAUCUGAACCCCCAAAGGCGGCCCCGGAGAUCCGGAAGCCGGCCCCCCCGGGGGAUCCCGACUGUCGGAAGCCCUCCCUCUUUCCCGACCCGUCCCCCAAAGCGGCCCCGUCCGUCUCCCCCGAGCCCCGGAAGCGGUCUCUCUUCCCGGAGCCCCGGAAGCAUUCCCUGUUCCCCGAGCUCCUGAGAUCGGCUCCCCUCUUCCCGGAGCCCCAGCCGUCCGCGGAACCGGGCGACGGCGAGGCCCAGGAGAGCGCGGAGGCGGGGGGGGACGAGCCGCCCCUCGAGGAGGAACGCCCGGGGGGAGCCAAGAAGGCCGCGGACGAGCCGGGGCCGCCGAGCCCCAAGAAGCCGAAGCCGGACAACCAGGAGAGCUCCGAAGCCGAGCUCAGCGGCGGCGAGGGCGGGAAGGUGGAUCUGGACGCCGCCGACCUCAAAACCCGGGACACCCAAGGCGAUCAGGAGCCCGCCGACUCGGAGUCCGGCGACUUCAGGGAAGAGAACCAAGCGGAGGAGGCCCUCCCCGAGCAGCCCAAAAGCAUACUGCAGUUUACGGAGGAGAAGGAGGCCUUCAUCUCCGAAGAGGAGAUAGCCAAAUAUAUGAAACGGGGGAAAGGAAAGUAUUUCUGCAAGAUCUGUUGCUGCCGGGCUAUGAAAAAGGGGGCCGUGCUGCACCACCUGGUCAACAAACACAACGUUCACAGCCCCUAUAAAUGCACCAUAUGCGGGAAGGCCUUCCUCCUGGAGUCCCUCCUUAAGAACCACGUGGCGGCCCACGGGCAGAGCCUGCUGAAAUGCCCCCGUUGUAGUUUCGAGUCCAACUUCCCCAGGGGCUUCAAGAAACACUUAACCCACUGCCAGAGCCGUCACAGCGAAGAGGCCGGCAAAAAGGCGACGGAGGCCGUCGAGCCGUCCGAAGGGCAGACUUGAUUUCUCUUUCAUUUGGUUAUCGUUUUGCCCCAGAAGCGUGUCGGUCGGUGAAACCCCUCAAAGUUCGGCCCUGAGUUAGCUAAUGAAAUAGCCUGAGUUGUAUCGGUAGAAGUUAAAAGGUGCAUAGCUGUCGUACCACGUUUGAUUUGUCUCAGUAGCGUGACAGAAAAUAAGCUUUCAGAAGGUCUGUUGUUGGGUUUUUUUUACGAUACCUGUUCGUGUCCUGUCUUAAAACCAAUAAAGACAUACCGAGUAUGCCAAAUGAGCUGCGUUUCUUUCUUCUCCUGGUUUUUUUACGAUACCCGUUCGUGUCCUGUCUUAAAACCAAUAAAGACAUACCGAGUAUGCCAAAUGAGCUGCGUUUCUUUCUUCUCUUGGUUUUUUUACGAUACCCGUUCGUGUUCUGUCUUAAAACCAAUAAAGACGUACCGAGUGUGCCAAA